GUAUAUAUACGCCAAACCUCACUCCACCUUCGUCACCAUCAAAUCAACACGCAGCAAGCUUUGCUUCACCCUCACUACUCUCUUUUCGAGUUAUAUUCCCGGUUUCAUCUUCUUCGUCGGAAAACUAAGCGAUCAUGAGUUCCGGAAGGAGGGCUUGGAUUGUGGCAUCGAGCAUCGGAGCGGUGGAGGCAUUGAAAGAUCAAUUAGGGGUUUGCAGGUGGAAUUAUCCUGUGAGGUCUCUGCUUCAGCACGCCAAGAACAAUCUCAGAUCUUAUAGCCAGGCCAAGAAAUUGUCGGCUUCUUCUUCUGCUGCUGUUUCCAAUCAGGUCAAGAGGAGCAAGGAAGAGUGCAUGAAGAAAGUCAUGGACAUCAAUUGCUGGGGUCCAAGUACCACCAGAUUCUGAUUCACUCCACAGAUCUCGCAUCCCUUGGCCUCAAUCAACCUUUCAUUCAUCCAAUUUUGUUCAUCAAGUCUGUCCGUUAUGUAGUGAUUGCGUCCCUCCAAUCUUUGUUAGGGCAUUGUAUGUAAUUAAUUGGCAUAUAUAGUGGGGGAUGGAAGAAAAUACGGACAAUUUGGUGGAUCUCCCUGAUUUGCAAAGCUUCGUUUAAAGUUAAAAACUUUGCUUUGUAAUUUUUCAUCUUCUCAUAAUCUCUUAUCAUGAUUAUGAUUAAUAUAAUUGACAAAGUUUGAUAGCA